AUGGUCUUGCGUCUUUACCAGCGACCCAUUAACUGUCGACUGGCACGGUUUCCCGUCCCGGACCAAGACAGGAACAGCAACCCGACGUGGAGACGGCAGAGGAUUCAUUUCCAAACCUUUCUCUUGGCGAGCCCUUUUAAGUUUAUAGCGAGUCUAUCUAUCUAUCUAUCUAUCUAUCUAUCUAUCUAUCUAUCUCAGUCUUUCCUUUAUCUAUCUAUCUAUCUAUCUAUCUAUCUCUCUCAGUCUUUCCUUUAUCUUAAAUUCAAUAUUUUUUUUAAAUUUUUGUUUCCGUUUAUAAAUAAUUGUUAUCUUUAUGUCACACUCUCUCUCUCUCUUCUUUACUCUCCUUCUAUCUAUCUAUCUAUCUAUCUAUCUAUCUAUCUAUCUAUCUAUCUCAGUCUUUCCUUUAUCUAUCUAUCUAUCUAUCUAUCUAUCUAUCUAUAUAAGUUUGGUCAGGCAUAUCGCAUAAUACAAAUGUACUUCUCUUGCGCUGUCAACUUCAGUUUCAUCAUUAUAUAUAUUUGUUCUUAUCUAUCUAUCUAUCUAUCUAUCUAUCUAUCUAUCUAUCUAUCCAAGUUUUGCCUUAUCUGUCUAUAG